UUCUCACCUGGCUACUACCCUAGCACCAAAUUUAAGUCCAUAGGCUUUUUCCAAGGCUUUAGAAACCUUUGGGGUCCUCAACACCAGAGACUAGACCAGAACACAUUGACAUUCUGGCUUGAUAAAAGCUCAGGGAGUGGGUUCACGUCGAUUCGCUCGAUACGUUAUGGGUACAUUGGUACAGCUAUCAAGCUCCAACCUGGUUAUACUGCAGGAGUGAUAACCUCUUUAUAUCUUUCCAACAAUGAAGCCUACCCAGGUCACCAUGAUGAAAUAGAUAUUGAGUUCCUUGGGACAAUACCAGGAAAGGCUUACACAUUGCAGACUAAUGUUUCCAUCAAAGGAAGUGGAGAUGGGAAUAAAAUUAUUGGGAGAGAGCAUCAGUUUCGUCUGUGGUUUGAUCCAACAAGAGAUUUUCAUAACUAUGGUUUACUUUGGAGCCCCAAGGAGACCAUAUUCUUUGUGGACGAUGUGCCCAUAAGGAGGUACCCAAGGAAGAGCGAUGCAACCUUCCCAUUGAGGCCAAUGUGGGUAUUCGGGUCCAUAUGGGACGCUUCAUCAUGGGCAACAGAGCAUGGGAGAUACAAGGCUGAUUAUCGAUACCAACCCUUCGUCGGCAAGUACACUAAUUUCAAGCUCACUGGCUGCUCCGCCAAUGCACCGGCCUCGUGCCACCCGGUAUCAGCCUUGCCAUAUCGUUCCGGUGGCCUGACCAAUCAGCAGUACUCGGCCAUGCAAUGGGUUCAGAAUAACUACUUGAUCUAUGACAACUGCAAGGACUCUAAAAGAGACCACUCCCUUACACCCGAGUGCUUUUGA